AUGCGAAGAUUGCGACCAUUCAUUCACGACUUGGAGGAGGACCUACGCGCAACAAUGUUGUUUGUCGGAAAGUGUAAUAGGAACCCCUGUAGGUUCAUGCACAGAGAAUUGCCACCUCCUAAUGUUUAUCGAAGAACAUCUGAGCAACCCAAUCUUUUACCAAAGGAACAAUCGAUUAGGAGCCCUAGCCAUGGCCUCAAAAAUUCAUUGGCAUUGAGUGAUGGAUCUGAAGUAAAAACUGCUCAGAAUAGCACCAAUCAUGUUAUUAAGGAUCCACCUAGGAAACGCCCCAAUCCUGGGAAUUCUUUGGCUUCAAAUAGUGGAGGUGGUGGGUCUGAAUAUGAAUGCACUCUUGAGAGCUCCAGUUCUGGCACUAAGGCAAUGAAUUUUGAGAAGAUAAAACCAUCCUCUAAUUCAUCAGUUCUGGUUGUUGAAGGCAAUGCUUCUGAAGAUAAAACUGCUGUCUCUGGGAUUGCUCUUCCAUCAAGAUCUGACAAGCUUUUCUCGGGUAGUAGUGAUGGAACAGUACAUUUUCUGCUCAUGUGGUUAUGGCCAUUUUGUGUGUGGGCAUGGAACAUUGAGACAGCUGCUGAAUUUAAUCUCGAUGGGCCAGUUGGGCAAGUUAAUGCUAUAGCUGUAGUUGAUGUUGUUGAUAUGCUUUUUGCGGGGGCACAGCACAAGCUUCUUGUGUGCCCAUUCCUAUUUUUGGAAGCUGCUCUCCCAUUGAUGGCAUCAUGUUCAAUUCUUAUGCCGUGA